UCACCAAAAAACAGAGCUUUUCUUCUUAUACACAAACCCGUACCAAAAUACUUAUUCAAGUUCCUUAUUCUUCUUUUGCUAAAAAAAAAAAAAAAAUUCCUUCUUCUUCUUCAAUCUCUUUCUCUCUUCUCUGCUAUAUCCAUGGAAGACCCCCCAAACCAUCGCAGCCCACAGCUUCUCCAAGUCCUCCAAGCUCUCAAAGAAGCUUCCCACAACUUACAAGCCAACCCCAGUCGACACUCCGACGACUCCAAUUCCUCCGCCAUUAAAGCUCUCUUGGAGCUACACACUGAGUCCGAUGCUAUCCUCUCUGGCGACCCAAAUCUCUCGUCUCUGUCUGAGUACCUCACCGACCUUAAGGAUUUAGUUGAGUCUCUUAAAAAUGCUAAAGGAGGCAUCGGCCUCCGGUCUUUUCUCACGCGCCGGACCUCGGUCCACUCCAUAUCCCGAAUCGCCGGGUCAAUUGAGUCUGAGAUUCAGAAGUGGAUAGACCGCGAAAGCGUUGGCGACUUGAGCCGAGCUCUCCGGGAGCCUACGCUCGAGGAGGAGGAAUUGGCGAAGCUUUUGAUUCAAUUUGAAGAGCGGGUUUCCCUAGGGUUCAACCGCGAAUUUCAGGAUCUGGUUCUCCGAUUGAAGGUGUUUUCUUCGCUGGAAUCGAUUUUGUGCGAUCCUAAAUGCUCGAAGAGAAUCCGAGAACACUCGGCUUUAGCUAUCGCGGGUUUGAUUCGGUUCAACAAGGACGUCUUCGUAGGCCAAGUCUUAAUGGGUCCAACCGUUAGUGCCCUAACUUCAAUGGCUUCCCCGAAUUCGAUUCAAGUCCUCUGCUCGUUAAUCAGAUCCAUAAAAUCUCCCAUUGUGGACGAAAUCGAAUCGAACGGCGAAAUACCGAAGAUCAUAAGCUUCUUAAACUCGCAGGAUUUACAUAUGAAAGCUGUGGCCAUGGAUUGCGUGCUAGAAAUUGGGUAUUUCGGAAGGAAGGAAGCGGUUGAAGCUAUGUUGAAGGAAGGCUUGAUAGAAAAGCUCGUGGAGUUGCAGAGAUCCGAACUGGGUGGUGAUUUGAUCGAGAUCGAUCAGAAAAGCGAUAAAGAAGAAGAAGAUGAGAGAGGGGUUAGUGUUGGAGGAGUGGUAGAAAAAGGGAAGAGGGAAAGUAGGCAAAGAAGGUUCCUCCAGAACCAUCCAUUUGCAAGCUGUGCGGCAAGAUUUGCAGUUCAUUUAGAAGUAGGUGAGGGAUUGAGGCAAAGAGAAAGAAGAGCUUUCAAGCAAGAGAUUCUGACGAGAGUAAGAGAAGCUUCCAUUUCUGAUGCUGAAUCUGCCACCAUUGUUGCUGAGGUUUUGUGGGGCUCUUCACCAUAAGAGAAAAUUGUUGAACCCAAAAUAAUUUGCCCCCUUUCUUCUUCUUCUUAUACCAGAAUUUGAUCUCGGAACCCCUACAUUUUACCUUGAUGGACUCUCUACUGAGACCAAAUAUGCUAGUUUUGAUGUUGUAGUGUGAGAAUGAUAUUGUUAGGUUUCAUCAUAUUUGAAUGUAUAUAAUGCAGUUAGAAUUAGCAACAGAUAGAAGAAAAGGUGAUUGGAGGUAGAAAAUGAGAUGUAUGCUUGCCAUACACUUGCAUUCAUUUUGCAUCUUUUGAGUUGUUUGGGCAACAGUGGAUUGCGAUUAAAGCAUCUCAAAGUGAUAUUCUUUGGUUCA